GCCUGCACAGCUGUCAUGCUGCUAUGUCUGCUCGUGUCCGUCUUCACCUAUAUUGUGCAUCACAGUGUGAUCCGCAUCAACAGAAAUGGGUGGCACAUGCUGCUAAACUUCCUCUUUCAUACUGGUCUCACGUUUGGAGUCUUCACUGGAGGCAUCAAUCAGAUCAACAUGCCCUUUGUCUGUCAGAUGGUUGGUAUGCUCUUGCAGUAUGCAUCUCUGUCCACCAUGCUAUGGCUGAUGUUUACUGCUCGAAACAUUUACAAAGAUGUUUCUAAAGACCCUCUGAAGGCCUCAGACAGGACUGGUACGGCCAAAGCCCACUCCAAACCCACAAUACUUAGAUUCUACAUUGUGAGUGAUGGGUUCCCGUUGAUAACUGUGGGAGUGACAGCUGCUUUUGAUGUCAACAACUAUGGGAGCAGAGAUGGUGCUCAAUAUUGUUGGAUGGCCUGGGAGCCCAGUCUGGGAGGGUUCUUCUGUCCAGUGGCAUUGGUGGUCCUGGUCAUGUGUGUGUACUUCAUGUGCACUUACAUCCAGCUCAAACGUCACCCUGAGAGGAAGUAUGAGCUGUGCCUCCUGAGUGAGGAGCAACAACAGAUGGACUCCAGGGGUGCCCCAGGGGACCCUCUGCCUUUCUCUCCGGGCAUCUCCAUGCUGGCCAAUGAGCACUCCUUCAAAUCCCAGUUGCGGGCCACAGCCUUCACACUCUUCCUGUUCCUGUCCACAUGGGCGCUUGGGGCACUGGCUGUGUCCUUGGGGCACUUCCUGGACAUGGUUUUCAGCUGUCUGUAUGGAGCCUUCUGUGUCACACUGGGCCUUUUCCUCCUCAUCCAGCACUGCGCUAAACGGGAUGAUGUGUGGCACCGCUGGUGGGCCUGCUGCCCCUCCAAGGACAAGGACAGUUGUAAAAAUGGGGCAAUGUUGGGUCCUGCAGAUGAGGUACAUCAGCCCAUCUGUCAGAUCAGCUCUUCUUGCCCUGCUCCCCUUAUACAGACCGUCUAUUCUCCACCCAGUCCCAAAGCCAACCAUUCCCCUCAGUGCUGUGGGACCAUUCUGAGCCCAGACACACUUCAAGAUGACCUCCCACGACCCGCGCUCCCCUUACAAAGUUGCCUUAUGGAUCGCGCCAAAUCUCGCUCCUUUAAUCGACCUCGACCGUAUUUACAGGAUUACCGCUCACACUUCAACUCCACCAGCAUGGACAACUCGCUCUUGAGCGCCCCUGACCCUAGUCUGCGGCUGCAGAGACAGGAUUCAGUCACUUCCUCCCAUAGCCACGCCCAUAACAUGGCUGACAGCACCACGUCCUUCCACAGUCAUGGUCCCAAUAUGGCUGACAGCAUCAUGUCCUGUGCCAGCCUCCUGCUGCCCUCUCACAGCCCGCACACAUGUCAGUGGCACCUGUAUGGCCCCCAGGAGCCCUGCUCAGAGGACAUGGAGCCCUACAACAGCACACCGCAGAACUCAGACAAACAGAACCGCCUUUGUGUAGAAGUUGAACCAAAAUCUUUUCCUAGAAAUACACUUCCACGACAGCAUGGUACCAUGGGCCGGCGUGGACCCAUCGGUCGAAACCGCAGCCUACAGGAAGAUGGGAUUUUUGGAUCAGACUCCACGGGGAACAUAAGAACAGGGCCAUGGAAGAAUGAGACUACUGUAUAG